AUAUUUCAUUGAUGUUACAAAAAUAGGGGAACUCACAUAAAAAUUAGAGACAAAAACGUAAUGCCCUUCGUCCUCUUUUUCUUAUUUUAUUUUUAUUUACUCUAGUUAUAAAAAGACUAAUAAAGGUGAUGGCAAAAACGUAAGAGAAAUAACAAAUCAUAAGUAACACUUUUUUUUUACGUAAUUUACUUUUUGUAUUUCACUUUACAUUUUUACGCACGCUCAAAUGAAAAACUUUGACAGCUAAAACAGAAGAAGAAGAAGAAGAAAAGUGAAUCAUGGAGUAACGCGAAUGAAAAGUGCUAUUAGUAAAUUAAUUGUGUGGUGUUUUUGAAGUAAAAGAGUGCUAGGAGCAAAAUGGAAAUCGUGCGGGUGGUGUGCGACACCUUCUGGUCCCCCAAUGUGUGGCUGCCGCCGAACACAACAUGGGCCGACAUUGCACCAGGGGCACGACCGGACGUCACCUAUGCCGACUACAGGCACCUCAUUCUUGGCAUCCCCCUAGCCCUGGUGAUCCUCGUCAUACGCUACACACUCGAGAGAUUCUGGCUAGCUCCUGUUGGUAAAUCCUUGGGGAUCAAGAGUUCACGCCCCAAGCGAGCUGCCAAUAUACCCGAUUUGGAGGAGGCUUACUCCCAAAGUUGUAGAAUAAAGCACAAAACUGUUGUUACCUUGUCGAAGAAAUUGGAUAUGACUGAGAGGCAAAUUGAGCGCUGGUGGAGACAUCGCCGGGCACAAGAUAAACCUUCGACAUUGGUUAAGUUUUGCGAGAAUUCCUGGCGUUGCAUCUACUACACCUACAGCUUCAUCUAUGGUAUUGUCAUUCUGUGGAAUAAACCGUGGCUAUGGGAAAUUAAUAACUGCUGGUACGGCUAUCCCCAUCAAUCGGUGGAUAAUGAUAUUUGGUGGUACUACAUGAUCUCUAUGGCCUUCUACUGGUCACUGACCAUUUCACAAUUUCGCGAUGUAAAACGAAAAGAUUUUUGGCAAAUGUUUGUCCAUCACAUGGUGACCCUUUUGCUCCUUUCGCUAAGUUGGGUUUGCAACUUACACCGUGUUGGUUCACUCGUGCUGGCUGUACACGAUUGUGCUGAUAUCUUUCUUGAGGCGGCUAAACUCACAAAGUACGCCAACUACCAAAAGCUCUGUGACGCUAUCUUUGCCAUUUUCACUGUUGUGUGGAUUGUCACACGACUGGGAUUCUUCCCGCGCAUCCUCUACAAUACUUCCGUUGAGGCACCGAGGAUACUCCCAAUGUUCCCGGCUUACUACAUCUUCAACAGUCUCCUAGUCCUUCUACUUGUCUUACAUGUGGUGUGGACUUAUCUCAUCCUCCAAAUUGCCUAUACGGCCGUCAAGUCGGGCCAAAUGGAGGGUGAUAUCCGAUCGAGCUCCAGCGAUUUCUCGGAGAGUUCGGAAAAUAUGACGCCUGUCCAGAAUGGGACACCCAUUCUCAGGACAAAAGCACCAAAGUCUCCAAGUACCGCGAAGAAUGCCGAAAAGAAGGCAGUUACCGGAUAAGUUAAAAUGUUGAUGGGGGGGGGAGGCAAGUCGAGCAAAUGGGGCUGGGGGACCACACCACAGUAAUUUAGGAAUUUCUUUUUUAGCACGCAAACAACACAACUUCACUGCUAAAAUGCGUAUAGAAUGAGGGAGAACUUUUUUUUUUUGUGAAAAGUGCGAUCAAUUUAAGCGGACAAUCGCGCCUUUAAUGUGCAUUUUUGAAUUAUAAUAAAGAAAAAAAAAAACUAUGAAAUAAUUAGGAAAAAAUAUGCCUAUAGAGAGCAUAAAUAAAAUAUACUCUUUUGCAAAAUUAAAUUUCAAAAAAAACAUCUACAAACUUUCUGUGUUGGCCAUUCCAAUUUAAAGGGCGGAAGUCACUACUCAGUCGGACUUAGAAAUUUAAGUCAGUCCUUAAAUUUCUAAGUCGGUCCAAAAAUUUUUAAGUCAGAUUAACAAAUUGCAUAUUUUUCAAUAAAUUUUACAAAUUUUGUUGUUUGGAGAUUAUCAGGCACUUAUUGGACCUAAAAAAUUAAAAAGUGAACUUGCUGAUUACAUUUUUCAAUUUUUAAGUUCCAAGAAGUGCAUUUGACAAUCUCCAAACAUAAAAAAUUGUAAAAUGUUAAUCUGACUUAAAAAUUUCAGGACCUACUUACAAAUUUCAAGACCAACUUAAAAAUUUUAAGUCAGACUUAAAAAAUCUGGCUUUAAACCUUAAGACCGACUUACAAACUUAAAGACCGAC